AUGCCGCCUCAAUGCCGCCACUUUCAAACACCGAAGGAGGACCUUCAGCAAAAGUCUUCAGGGACCUGCGUGACGAAACGGCCUUCCAACGUCGACGCGAUCUGGGUUGACCAAGUCAUAGCACCGAAAUUGGGCUACUCUAUGUUGAAGGAUUGGCAAGUAGAACUCGCAUGCACGAUGUUUAGGAAGGAGGAUGUCGUAUGUAUAGCUCCAACUGGGUCAGGAAAGUCGGCGCUGCUUCACAUCCCUCUAAUGGCUGCAAAAACUGCCAAUAGCUGUGUACUGGGUAUGUCUGUUGCGCCGACAAAGUCCCUAUGUGAUGACCAGGCUAGAGCAGCUACAGAUAGGGGUCUGAAGGCAGUUGCCGUGUACAGCGACUCUCUACGUGCUGCCGCAGCUAAAGGGAAAGAUUUAAUGGAGGAAAUCCGGAAGGAUGAAUGGGACCUCUUUAUUAUCCCCCCCGAACUCCUACAUAGCGACGAAAUCAACAAGUUCCUUCAUGCGCAAACCCCUGGGUCCCAGUCUGAGGUUGCGCAACUCGAUCUUGUGUUCAUAGACGAGUGUCACUUGGUGCGGGAGCAUGGCGAUGAUUUUAGGCAAGCAUAUUCCCGCAUUGGGCAAAUACGUGGCCGGCUCGACUUUAGGAUCCCAUGGGUUGCUGUAACGGCCACAUUACCCCCUGGGAAGAUCACAAAUGAUGUCUUGCAAUCCCUUGGUUUCGAAGAGGGUGACUACAAGAUGCAUCGGAUGCGGGUUGAUGUUCCAAACAUCCAAUAUAUCCCCCGCUUCUUCGAGCAUUCUAUCUCCACCUCGACGUUCUUUGACAUUUCAUGGGUUAUUCCGGUUGUCGCUGGAUUCCUACAGAGCUUGGUACCUUUGGACUGGGACGACCGUGACAAGAUCAUCAUGCCCUUCUAUUCAUUACUCUCCGAUGAUUAUCGGCGUGUUUAUAUCAGUGCAUAUAGGAAGGGGACAACACAGGUACUCGUGGGGACAGAUACCUUAACCUGUGGGAUGGAUGUAGCGGAUAUCGAGCAGGUGAUCAUACUAGGUGUUCCUCCUACCCCUGAGCGAUUAUCCCAGCAAAUUGGUCGCGCAGGUCAUAACGGAAAACCUGCACACGCAUAUGUCUAUGCUCCCCAGCGAGUUCGAAUCAAGGAGGAUGACGAGCUUACAGGGUCACAAAAGGAAGCCAAUGAAGCUGUAUACCGUAGCAAGAUGAAUGUUGCCUUGCUCCAUUGGUUCAAUCCUUCUUCUGAACGCUGUCCACGGUCUGUCUUCUGUGGCUACUAUGGCGACGAGUUCAUCCCAGUGGACAACUGUUGCAUUUACCACUGCCCCGGUGACUACGAUGUUUGCAAGAUCGAAAUUGAACGAUGGGUCGAUGCCUUCCAAAAACUCUCUGACUCAUCCAAAGCGACGCAGAGGCCGGAAGCCCCUCUACCAUCCACCGAGCCAUCAAAGCAAUCCACUGCUGAGUUGCCAUUGAAGGAAGCCAUCAUUGGGUUGACAAAUGACUUGCCAACAAAACCGGAGUCAAAGAGCCACCGAGUUAUAGACAAAACUAUCAUGUAUCCUGCCGCACGUUGGAUUAUCAGUGCAUGGGCAGAAAGAACAUGGCUGUCUGCCCGAGAAGAUAAUACACUCCUACCACACAGCGCCUUCCUCGCAAAAUUUCUGCAAGACCGACUUUGUAGCCGAAUGCAUACUGUGACGAGUGUCGAGAAAUUACAGGAGUUGUUGCCGGAAUGGGGGUAUUUGCCAACACACGGGCAGCAGUUAGUGGAUGUAUGUGACAAGAUACUUACAGUCUUUGAUACUCUUUGGAAGGAGCGUGAGUGUAAGGGCAACCUCAAGAUGGCCGCACAGUGCAAGCCUAGCAGAGGGAGAAUCCAAAGAAAUGAAUAA